GGCCCCGCCGCCCCCGGGCUCGGGCUCGGGCUCGGGCGCGGGGUCCCGAGACGCUCCUUCGCUCGUGAGGUGCUCCCUCACUCGUCAGACGACGCUCCGUCACUUGUGAGACGCUCCACCGCUUGUGAAACAACGCUGCACCACCUGUGAGGUGCUCCAUCGCUCACAAGAGGCUCCGUCUCUCGUGAUGCUCCACCACUCGUGAGAUGCUCCCUCACUCGUGAGACAACGCUUAUCACUCGUGAGAUGCUCCCUCACUUGUCAGACUGCUCCAUCACUUGUGAGAUGCUCCACCACUCGUGAAACAACGCCGCACCACUUGUGAGACACUCCGCCACUUGUGAAACAACACUCCAUCACUCGUGAGACAACGCUCCACCACUCACGAGAUGCUCCAUCACUUGGGAGACAAUGCUCCGUCACUCACGAGACACUCCACCGUUCCUCACAGGCAUUCCCACGAUCACCGUGGGGAAGGGACGAGGGGCUACGUGGCCCUGCCAAGGGACGACGUGCUUGAGGUACAGGCGUGGGCAGCCUCCUGGGAUGCAGUUUGUGGAGCAGCUGGUGCAAACAGCCGGUGCUUCCCGGCCGCCUGCUGUGCUGGGAGCUGGCAAGGCCGGCUCCGGGCACUGACAGACAUUCGGGACAAUCUGAGCGAUAACAGAGUUUUUCAUCUGGCCGCCUGCAGCUCCCUCUGCACCGCCCCUGCGGCUGUGGGGAGGGGUAUGGCCCUCGUGGGUCCCCUGGGUGCCGUGGGAAGCGCUGGCUCCUCGGCUGCGCGGAGAGGAGUCGCACACGCCGCUGGGACCGCCGGCGAGGCACGGCCGUGCUCAGCAUGGGGCUCCGGCUCCCGCUGCGCCGGAGCGCCAGCUUCACCCCUGACCACCCUGCCCUCAUGGAGAUGCCUGGCCCCACUGCCCUGAAGAUGGAAGCAAAUGUCCUCGUUAUGGGAGCGGACAACGUGGGGAAAUCAGCUCUUACUGUGCGUUUCCUGACCCGGCGCUUUAUUGGGGAGUAUGGAGACAUGGAUUUCAUCUAUAGCCACAACCUGACCGUGGAUGGCCGAGAGAUUCUCUUCCACAUCUGGGACGUCCCCAGUUCCCAGGAGCAGGCAGAGGAGGGCUCCUCAGAGGAGAAGCGAAUCCAGUGGGCAGACAGCUUUGUCCUGGUCUACAGCAUAUGCGACCGUGCCAGCUUCAACAUCCUGCCCCUCAAGAUCCAGUUCAUCAAGGCAGCCAAGGAGGGGCAGAGCCAGGAGAAGGUGCCCAUCGUCAUUGUGGGCAACAAACGGGACCUGCACCACCAACGGGUGGUGUCCAGCGAGGAGGGUCGGCUCCUGGCCCUCUCUUUAGACUGUGGUUUCUACGAGGUCUCUGCAGCCGAGGCUUAUCACGGGGCCCUCAUGGUCUUCCAUGGACUGGCCGAGCGCAUCCCUGACACCAAACUGGCACUGAAAAAGGGUACGGGGAUCCGUGGCAUCGUCAAGACCAUGUCGGCCGUGUUUGCCCGUAAGCGAACAGACUCUCUCUGAGCUACGGCAUGGGUGUUGCUUCUCUCUGUGCUGCCCGGCUGGACCAAGCCUCCUCCCUGGGUGCCCAUGGAGAUGGCAUGUGUGUUUCCAUAACUAUGGUGGGUGGGUUCCUUGUUGUCCUCCUAAUGUCGGGGUCUGGGUGUCCUGCCAUAUACAGCCAGUGCAGCCGAGGACUGUAGUGCCUUCCUCUUUGGCCCCAUGAUGGGGCAGAGGCUCUACUCUUCGCUGUACCAGCUUUUUACGUGCCUCCUGCUUUCUCCUUCCAUCCUCCAACACUGGAAACCACCAGGUGAUUUUGCCACAGCUCCAGGCAGCGUAACGCCCAGCUCCUUUGGCAGGAGCUGCCAGGGCUCUCAGUGAGCAGGGAGGACACGCCACUUCUGCACGGCUGCCCGGCUCCCUGUCCCUCCGCUCCUACCCUGGGAUCCUUAUUCCUGUUUCACGCUCAUCAGGGUGCUCUCCAGUAACACUGGAGCACCCAUGAGCUGGCAAGGUGGGGGUUUCUCCGCCAGGGAGCCACCGGCAGUUCCCACAUGUGCAUCAUGGUGUCAGAGUGUCCCAGAGCCUGUGGCACCAGCUGAGCCCAGAGGACCUCGGUGAGGGCUGACGCCUCCCAUCCCACCCGCCUUGCUUUUGAACUGUCCUGCUCAUGUCCUCUCUCCCACAGCCUUUCAGCGAUCGCAGCCAUUUCCCUUGUGCGAGCACUGUACUGGCUGUGCCUGGGAAAAACCAGACGUGUGGCUCGUUCCCAGGAUGGGGAUCGCACCGUGCGCCUUCCCAAGCUGUUCCUUCUGUAAGGCUGCCUGUCCCCGGGGAGGAAAGGAGGUGGGGAAAGGGGUUGCUGGGCUCAUCGCCGAACCCUUCUGCUGCUGGGACGUUUUUCCCUGCCUUUCCCCAAACCCUUCCCCUCGUGCAUCUGGGAAAGUGGUGUGUUGGAAGAGGGUUUGUGUGUGUGGUACAAACACAGCUUUCUCUGCUGUGUUCUGGAAAUGCAAUAAAUCAUCUUUGGCAGG